AUGGGUGUUCCAGCGUUUUUUCGAUGGCUAACGCGCAAGUAUCCUUCAAUUAUUGUGGAUGCUGUAGAGGAGAAGUCACGUGACGUAAGUGGAGUAAAAGUACCUGUUGACACCACUAAACGAAAUCCAAAUUUUCAGGAAUUCGAUAAUUUAUAUCUGGAUAUGAAUGGCAUUAUUCAUCCGUGUACUCAUCCAGAAGAUCGACCAGCUCCGAAAACAGAGGAGGAGAUGUUUGCAUUGAUUUUUGAAUACAUUGAUCGAUUGUUUUCAAUUGUACGUCCUCGCAAACUUCUUUACAUGGCAAUUGAUGGUGUAGCUCCACGAGCAAAAAUGAACCAACAGCGGAGUCGACGUUUUCGUGCUUCUAAAGAAGCUGCUGAUAAGAUUGAACUGAUCGCUGAAACAAGAUUGCGAUUGGAGAAAGAAGGCUAUCCUUUACCUCCUAAAAAAUCCGAAGAAGAGCAUUUUGAUAGUAAUUGCAUAACACCUGGCACACCUUUCAUGGCUCGGCUAGCUGUUGCGCUUCGUUAUUAUAUUCAUCAACGCAUCAGUUAUGAUCCUGGAUGGGAAAAAAUUGCGGUCAUUUUAUCGGAUGCAAAUGUGCCUGGAGAAGGGGAACACAAAAUAAUGGAUUUUAUAAGACGACAAAGAGCAUCUCCAUCUCAUAAUCCCAAUACUGUUCAUUGCUUGUGUGGAGCAGAUGCAGAUCUUAUUAUGCUGGGACUUGCCACACAUGAACUCAAUUUCAACAUUAUAAGAGAAGAGUUUGUGCCGAAUCAACAGAAACCGUGUGAUCUUUGUGGUCAAUAUGGUCAUGACCUUAACGAUUGUAAAGGGUUAGCUCGUGAUGAAACUUCAGAAUUUCAAUCAUCUCCACUACAAAAAGAAACAAAUUUCAUCUUUAUUCGCUUACCGGUACUUCGCGAAUAUCUUGAACGAGAACUCCGUAUAAUAAAUUCGCCAAUUCCAUUUGAUUUGGAACGUUCUAUCGAUGAUUGGGUGUUCAUGUGUUUUUUUGUUGGCAAUGAUUUUUUACCUCAUUUACCUUCAUUGGAAAUUCGAGAGAAUGCAAUUGACAGACUAAUUAAAUUAUACAAAGAUAUGGUCUGUCAGAUGAAAGGAUAUCUCACUGAUUCGGGUGUUGUUUAUAUAAAAAAGGCGCAAAUCAUAUUGGACAAAUUAGGUGAAGUGGAAGAUGAAAUAUUCAAAUCCCGACAAGAAAAAGAAAAGCAGUUCAGAAAAAGAAAUAAGCAGAGAAAAUUGCGUGAGCGUGCAGCCACAACUCCGGCAUAUAUACCUUCUCAACAUUCUAUUCUAGCACCUCAGGCUAGUGAACCGUUGCAUUAUAGUGGAUCUGAAACGAGGGCAAUGGCAUGCACAGCUCGAUUAGAGGCAGUCAAUUUUAAAGAUUCUGUGCACGAUGGAAAAGACAGCGACUUCCGUGUUACUAUUAAUUCAGCCGAAAGAAAUGAUUCUAGACAGGAAAAUGAUUGCAGUUCAGAUGAUGAAAUUUUCGACGAGGUGAGGCUAUGGGAAAGCGGAUGGAAAGAGCGAUAUUAUAAAAGCAAAUUUCAAGUAGAAAGUCAUGAUAUUAUGUUUAGACGUAAAGUUGCUCGUGCUUACGUAGAAGGUCUGUGUUGGGUGCUGAAAUAUUAUUACCAGGGUUGCGCUAGUUGGAACUGGUACUACCCUUUUCAUUACGCUCCUUUCGCCUCGGAUUUCAGUUCAAUUUCUCAGUUGCAGCCUGAUUUUAGUCACGUGACUGAACCUUUCUCACCGCUGGAACAGCUAAUGGGUGUUUUUCCUGCAGCUAGCAGGACGCAUUUGCCAGAUUCAUGGCAAGAAUUAAUGGUAUCACCUGCUUCGCCAAUAAUCGACUUUUAUCCUGAUAAUUUUAUGAUAGAUUUAAAUGGUAAAAAGUAUGCAUGGCAGGGGGUUGCUUUACUGCCGUUUGUGGAUGAAAAGCGGCUUUUAGAAGUGUUGAAACCGAUGGAAGAUAAACUGAACGCAUCUGAAAAAGAAAGAAAUUCAAAGGGUCCUGAUCGGCUAUUUGUUGGACCGUCUCAUCCUUUCUAUAAAUUCGUGGAGCAUUUGUACGAAAAUAAUACAGAAAAAUCAACCUUUAUACAUGUGGACACCUCGCUGACUCAUGGCAUAGCUGGUACCGUUUGCACUGAUGUAAAAGCUGUAAUGAAAGGGAAAAAUUACGAGUCACCAUUUCCAAACACUGAGUUCCCAGACAUAACUCAGAACAGAGCCCUGAUGAUUAUUUACAAAGAUCCUCAGUUUGAACGUGAUUAUGUUUUUGCUGCCAAACGUUUGCCAGGAGCUGUUGACGUACCUCGGACUCUGAAAGAUCCUAAUUUAGAUCGAGGCCCUUACCGACCCCAAAUCGGUUUUUCGCGUGAAAUUCCACAGCGAGGCUUAAGUGAUGCUGGGCGACGAAUGGUUGAACGUAGUUUUAACUGGGGGCCUCGGCCUCUUUUUGAAGCAUUUCAAGGAAGCGCAUUUGAAGGCCGUUACCAGUCACCUUGGACACCGGCACGCGCCUACGUGAAUGACCGCACACCGAAUUAUCCACUUCCCAUAAAUGAUUUUCGUGAGCGACCAUCGGCACGAGCGGAGUGGAACCCAAAUCGACACCGGAAUCUUCAGGAAAAUGAGGGAUUAUUGCAACCACCUGUACCUUUACGUCAUUGGCUUAGAUAUGACCCAUAUUCUGAAGCCGUCCAAUCACGAGGACGAAGUCGAAGGCCUUCCCAAUUUCAACAUCGAUGGUGA